AUGUCUUGGACGGGGUAUUAUAUUGUUCAUGAUUUUUCAACGUACGGAGACACCGAGGCUAGGGAUGCAAAACGUCAAGAAGGACACUGGGCGGUAUGGAUGUGUCAGAUGACGCCUAUAGAAUCCCUUCUUCCGGAAUCUGUACAAGGCCGACUUCUGUUGCGGAUGGGCGCUCAUCAGCGUUCAUCCGAGUCUGUUGAUGAACUGCACCGGAAGUUGAUGGGAUCCGGGUCCACAUCAGGAAAAUGGAUUUGGCCUUUAGCGGGUCUUAUCCUACGAGCCACCAAAGCUCUUGCGUGGAACGUGGCUGGCCCUCCAAGAAGCGGAAGUAUGCUCACCUGGGGGAAUUUUGAAUCACUUGCUGAAUGGGUUCAAAAGUGGAAAAAUGACACGCUUACAAUGGUACUCAGGAGAAGGGGAAGUGUUACAUCAACGAUUAGUGGCGUGAUAUUCAAUGAUGUGGCGGAGGUUGGGAGAACCUCUAAUUUAUGUGUCUACCGCUGCGAGGAGCUGGCCGAAGGCCGAGCGACGAGCAGCGUUAUUCAAUUUAUGUAA